AUGCUCCCCACGCCGCGGGAGCAGCAGCAAAGGGAUGCUGCCUGCUCCCCUGCUGCAGCAGCAAAAAGCUUUCCCCACAGCCUCAGCAGCAGCAGCUUUGCCCCCAAGCUCUCGCGGCUGGCCCGCGGGGCUUCUCCUGCUGCUUCCCUGGCGCAGCCCCCGCAGCAAAGGCCCAGAGCAGCAGCAGCAGCAGCAGCAGCAGCAGCAGCAGCAGGACUGUCGCCGGCGGGCUCGCUGGCGGUGUCGUUCGCUGCGGCGACGCCAGCAGCAGUUUCGCCAGCAGCCUCGCUGGCAAGACCUUCGCCAGCAGCAGCAGCAGCAGCGUCGCCAGCAGCAGCAGCAGCAGCGCCAGCAGCAGCAGCAGCAGCAGCGCCAGCAGCAGCAGCAGCGCCAGCAGCAGCACUGUCGCCAGCUUUUGCUUCGCGGGCCUUGUCGCCAACAGUGGCCUCUGUGACGGUGGCCUCAUCAGCAGCAGCAUCUCCAGAAGCAGCAGCAUCGCCAGCAGCAGCAGCAGCAUCUCCAGCAGCAGCAGCAGCAGCAGCAGCAUCUCCAGCAGCAGCAGCAGCAGCGCCCUCGCCAGCAGCAACAGCGUCGCCGUUGCCCGCAGCCAGCGCCGCGCCCGCCUCGCCCGCAGCAGCAGCAGCAGCAGCAGCAGCAGCAGCAGCAGCAGGGCGGCAGCACAGCGGGCCGAGGUUCAACACCCUCGUGGAUGUGGUGUUUUUCGAAAGCGGAAGAAAAGCAGCAGCAGCAGCAGCAGCAGCAGCAGCAGCAGCAGAGUGGGGAGAAAGGGUUUCGGGCGAAGAGGGAAAUUCAGUUUGCUUUUCUUUGCAAGACGGGGAUGAAAGCCGCAGCCGCAUGAUCAGCUGCCUCCCUUCUGCUGCUGCAGCAGGAGCAGCAGCAGCAGCAGCAGCAGCAGCAGCAGCAGCGCCCCACGCUCCCGCCCGCUGCUCCACCUCCGACCUCGACUCCGAAGACGAAGAGUCCUUUGAGAGCAUGGAGCAGCAGCAGCAGCAGCAGCAGCAGCAGCAGCAGCAGCAGCAGCAGCGGCGGCUGCGGCUGCCGCUGUGGGCGCAGACCUGCGCAGCGUACGUGCGAGCAGCAAACUGCGAGUCCUUCUCCGACCUCUACGGCCCCUCGCAAACCCUAAAUCAGCGGUUUAGGAGUUGGCGGCCUUUGAGUUUUAAAAGGAAAAAAACCGAAGUGGAGUUUGUGGACUUUUGCUGCCGCAAAGUGCCGCUGCAGACGCUGCUGGGGGCGCUGCUGGCUGCUGCGCUCUUCACGCUGCACUUCUUUCUCUCCAAAAACUCCUUCAAAGACUUCCAAAAACUCUUUGCUGCAGAACUUGCAUGCAGUUUGCUGCUGCUGCUGCUGAUGGCUGCAUGCAGCUUCGCCUACUGCUGCCGCCGCUACCUGGAGUUCAGCAUCGCGGCCACGACGGCGGCGGUGAGCGGCUUUCCCCGGCUUUCUUCCGCUUUCCGCUGCAUGCAGCCCCAAAAAGUCUUUUGCUUUCCAUUUUUUCUUUUUAUUUGCAAAAAGUCCUUCAAAAACGCUCCAUUCGAGUGUCUGUGCAGCUUCCGCGAGUGUGCGCGCCGCGCGGUCCUGGGGUGUACAGACACCUCGCCGCCUGCGGGCGGCGAGGUGUCUGUACACCCCAGGAAAUGCUGGCGCGUUUGGGGUCAUUUUGCGUCCUUUUUGUCCGUUUUUUGCAGAUUUGAAUGA